GACGCGUCGGAUCAUAACCCCACCCAAUCAAAACAAAUCUUAUUAACCGCUCGUUUUCCCAUCUCACAAACCUUUCUCCUCUUCCUCUUCCUCUUCCUCUUCCUCUUCCUCGUGAUUACAGAGAGCUCGCUCUAUCGACGCUAACCACAUUUAUCGCUCUCAUGGAGUCGCGAGUAUUGUCACGCUCCGCCACUGUUGCCGGCCUACCGUACCUCAGGAAGCCACCGAGGGAGAUCCACAGAGCGUCUUUCGCCGUUGCCAAGCCUAUCGGAGCCGUUGGUGAGGGCGGAAAUGUAAUUUGGGGUAGGCAACUGAGACCGGCUCUGCUUUUGGAGAGCUCGCCGGCUGUUCCCGCUAAUUUGUUCGCAGUCAAACGGGAGAUGCUUCCUCGGAUUCGAGCCGCAGCUUCGUCGUCUCCGGCUGAGGGGAGCGAUUCCGCCGGGGAAGCGAAGAUCGCUCCUGUCGGCUUCUUCGAGAAGUAUCCGGCUCUUGUCACUGGUUUUUUCUUCUUCAUGUGGUACUUCUUGAAUGUGAUAUUCAAUAUACUCAACAAGAAGAUUUACAACUAUUUUCCGUAUCCUUAUUUUGUGUCGGUUAUUCACUUGCUAGUUGGGGUGGUUUACUGUUUGGUGAGCUGGGCUGUGGGCCUUCCAAAGCGGGCUCCUAUUGAUUCAAACCUCCUGAAGUUGCUGAUACCAGUUGCUGUAUGUCACGCCAUUGGCCAUGUAACUAGCAAUGUCUCAUUUGCAGCAGUUGCUGUGUCUUUCACUCACACCAUCAAAGCUCUUGAGCCUUUCUUCAAUGCUGCUGCAUCACAGUUCAUACUGGGACAACCAAUACCCUUGACUUUAUGGCUAUCUUUGGCUCCUGUUGUUAUUGGUGUGUCCAUGGCAUCACUGACUGAGUUGUCUUUCAAUUGGACGGGCUUCAUCAGUGCUAUGAUAUCCAAUAUAUCUUUUACGUACAGGAGUCUUUACUCCAAGAAAGCCAUGACUGAUAUGGACAGUACAAAUAUCUAUGCUUACAUUUCGAUCAUUGCCCUUUUUGUCUGCAUUCCACCUGCCAUAUUUGUUGAAGGACCUCAGCUGUUAAA